UGUCAAUUGUCAAUUUGACACACACUGACAGUAUGGUCUCUGGCUUUUUGGUCGGAUUCAAUUGAUUUGGUAUCGUAGGUUAUGUUUUGUAAAUAAAAUUUAUAUCAAACAAAGUCUAUUGGGACGUACAUUUGUAUUGAAUAUUUAUUUGAGAGCGCUGUGAUCAGCGAUGGCUGGUGAUGGUACUGGUGGUGGGUCACAGGUAGUUUUAGUAACUGGGGGCUAUGAUCACACGAUUAAAUUAUGGCAAGCACACAGCGGGGUUUGUUUGAGAACUAUGCAGCAUCCAGACUCACAAGUGAAUGGGCUCGAAAUCUCACCUAAUGGUCAGAUGGUAGCUGCUUGCGGUUACCAGCACAUACGAAUGUAUGAUCUCGCAAGCGCCAAUCCUGAUCCUGUUAUUACUUUCGAGGGAAUAACCAAGAAUGUCUCUAGAGUGGGUUUUCAGAAAAAUGGUUCCUGGAUGUACACUGGCGGAGAAGACUGUACAGCCAGGAUAUGGGACCCAAGGGCUCCUCCACAGACCAGGUGUCAGAAGAUAUUCCAAGUGCAAGCUCCUGUGAAUGCUGUUAUGCUGCACCCUGAUCAGUCACAGAUCAUGGUCGGAGACCAGAGUGGCAUCAUCCACAUGUGGGACCUCAAGACUGACCAGAAUGACCAGUUGAAGGUCCCAGAAGCUGAAGCAUCGAUCCAGGAUAUAGCGAUCGACCCGGCGGGAAAGAUGAUGGCCGCUGUGAACAACAAGGGCAACUGCUACGUGUGGGCGCUGGGCGGGCAGGCGCACCCCGUGCCGCGCAAGCACAUCGCCGCGCACCACAAGUACGCGUUGCGCUGCAAGUUCAGCAGAGACUCCACCAUGUUAGUGACGACGUCCGGCGACUGCUCGGCGAAGGUGUGGCGCACGAGCGACUGGACGCCGAUGCGCGAGCUGCGACAUGAGACGCAGCGCUGGGUGUGGGACGCAGCGUUCAGCAUUGACUCGCGAUUUUUGUUUACUGGCUCUUCGGAUAGCUAUGCUCGCCUUUGGGAUGUGGAAAGAGGCACACUAGAGCGAGAAUACUGCGGCCACCAGAAAGCGAUUACUGCACUGGCUUUCAAAGAUCAAGCGGUUUAAAAACAUUAAAACAUUCUAUAUGGAAAAUUCUAUCACAAUAUCUUUAAGGGCACAUCCACAUUAAACACAUACAGGUGAAAGUGAUGUAUAUAAUGAUUUGUGACAGGAAAUGAGUGUUAAAGAAUUCUAGUAAAAGUUCUUGUUUGUAAUGUUAAUUUGAAUUUAAUGAAAUGAUUGUCAUAAAUGUCAGGGUAGUGAAGAUUGAUUAUCAAGCUAAUAAUUGUGGAUGUCCCCUAAGGAUCGCUUUUUGUACAGCAUAUAACAUAGCCUUGAUUGGCACCAAGACCAUUUUCAAACAGAAAUUUGUGGGAGAAAAUUAUAAUUUGACAUAUGAUUAAGUUGUAAAAUUGUAAUUUAUUAAAGCGAUUAGCUUAUUUUGUAUGAAGCAAUUUGAGAUGACAUAUUGUUCAAUGACAGAUUCAUAUAAAAUUAUGUAGACGACGUUCAUUAGAACAUGGCUUGAUUAUUUCAUGAAUGACUUAAUUAAAAUGAUUGGUAAUAUAGUAAUUGUUAUAGAAUAUUUUGUCAUGUUUUUCAAAGCAUUAAUCCAGUUUUCUACUCAACAUAUAUAAUAAGUGUAUAUAAAUGUAGUUAGAAUUUAGUUAUAUAGUUCCUAGGGUCAGUGCGCAACCGCUUGCGGCAUGGUUACUUGGGCAGUGUGUGCGCGCCCUUAGUGCGACAGAAAUUACUUUGUAUGAUUAUGAAAGUGUUAUUUUUAAAAGGAAUGCUGCAUUUAAUAAUUUGUAUAUAAUUUUUAUAAUAAACAAGCAUGGAAGUUCGUAAA